CAGAUAUUCUCCUUCGAUCCCUGCGAAGGGAGUCCUCCUCCUCUGGAGCAACCACAGCCGAAGUCAGCUCGGCUCUUCCAAACGCUGCCAGCAACACAAUCGGAGACGCUUAAAUUCAGCUCCCCGGACGGAUCAAUCUGGUUGCCCUCCUCUUAGGGGGGAAAAACAAAACAACCCCAGAUUGCCUGGCGCGUCUCCUCCUUCUUCCCAAAAGCCAGCCGUGAAAACUGAGCCUAGGAAAGAGUUUGGCUGGUGGUUUCUAAGACCUUCCCUGGAUGGCAAAGAGGUUUCCUUUCCGGGAAUGCCAGGAACUAGGCUGGUGGGUUUCACUCCCCCCAAAAAGAGUGGGGGUGGGAGAGAAAAGGAGAGUGGGUGGGAGGGAAGGCAAGCAGGCAGCGCCUGUAACCCAACACCCAGAUGGGUUAUUAUUCCAGGAAUAUCUUGCCUUCCUCCCAAUCGAUGGGAAGGCUCGGCUUGUGCACCACUCCCCUUCCAGAUCAGAGAGUUUCCUAUUUCUUGAAACUGGCUGGUAAACACAGCCUAGGGAGGAGCCACACGGCCUCUGCUUCUGCCAACAGGAGCAGAAACUUUGUGAGUAAUUUACUAGGAGGACAAACAAGUGCAGCUCACAUGCGGGGGAAACAGCCGGCCGGAGGAAGGACGGGGACGCUGCGUUGAGGGCCAAGGAGGGGACGGGGGACGACGACAAAAUAACAUGGGAGACACACACACACACACCCCUCGGCUGCCUCUCUCCUCCACCUGAAAAAAUGUUAUUCAAUCAGCCAUGUUUGACUCUGCAGUACAAAGGAACAUGAGAACUGGACCGAAGAUAAAAAAAACCGCUGAGCUUCUCUUCCUGACAUGCCGGAGAAGGAGCUAAAUGAAAGAGAAACAAGGCGCUCUGAAGUGCAGAGAGAGCGCAGCGUUGCGCCUAGGCCAGGUUUUUUCAGCUACACACCAACGCAACUCUCAACACCUCAGCUGAACUAUUCUCCAGUUGCAGCGGAGAGAUCUUCCAGCUUGCCUGCACUGCCAACCCUUCAAUCGGUUUAGAUCCAUCAGGAAAAGCUGGUGACCAGCAGAAAGGACUUCUGGUCUCUUCUGGAACGGUCAUUAUGUGGAGCUGUGAAGCCCUGAAUGGUUCCAAAAACGCAGAGGACCAGAAUCUGUGCCACGAUUUCCAUCUGGUCAUUUCCAUCUUCUCUUUGCUCUACCUCGUCAUCUGCUUCCCCGUCGGCCUUUGUUACAACGGGCUCUUGGUGGUGGUCAACCUGUGCAACAAAGCCACGAUGACCAUGCCGGAUGUCUACUUUGUCAACGUGGCCAUCGCCGGCCUCAUCAUCAACGCCAUCGCCCCCAUGUACCUGCUGGGACCCACCAGCACCAAGUGGGCCAUCUGGAAUUUCAACAACGAAGUCUACAUCACCUUGCUGAUCCUAUUCAACGUCUCCUCCUUGGUGAUCAUGUACUCCAUCGCCUUGCUCAGCCUGGACUACUACAUCGAGCGGGCUCUGCCCAGGACUUACAUGUCCAGCGUGUACAACACGAAGCACGUCUGCGGGUUCAUCUGGGGAGGGGCCAUGCUGACCAGCUUCUCCUCCCUCCUCUUCUACAUCUGCAACCACGUCUCCACCAAAAUUAUCGAGUGCUCCAAGAUGCAGAACAAGGAAGCUGCGGACGCCAUCAUGGUGUUCAUCGGCUACGUCGUGCCGGCUGUCGCCGUGCUCUACGCGCUCGUGCUAAUCUUGCGGAUACGCAAGGAGGCCACGCCGCUGGACCAAGACACUGGAAGGCUGGACCCCUCCGUGCAGAAGCUCCUGAUCGCCACCGUUUGCACCCAGUUCACCCUGUGGACACCUUACUACGGGGCCCUGAUGUUCAGCACGUUGGCUGCGAUGCAAGGCAAAGCGGUGGAGGAGAGCCACGGCCGGGCCUUGUAUUUCACGAAAGGGCUCUCCAAAUUCCUGGCUUUCUCCAGCAGUGUUGUCCUGCCUCUGCUCUACCGGUAUCUCAGCAAAAGCUUCCCGGGGAAACUGCAGAGGCUGCUGAAAAAACUGCACUGCGGGAACCAGCCGUGUUCGCACGAACGCACAGGGGUUCAGGAAAUUGUCACGUAGGUAUGGAGGGACGCUGGUGGGCGCCGAGUGGAGCCCAGGAGGUGGGCGCCGAGCGAGGAGGGCCCGCGGACGUUGGCGCCUCGCCAUUCUAGUCCUCCCCAGGUAGCGACUAUGUGGAGGAAAACGGUUGGGGGAUCCUGUCUGUGGGUUAAAAUCCGUGGCUCGGUCCCACGGGUUUCGAUGCACUGAGUCGGUUCCGCAGGAUGAGCUUUGCGUUGAGCAAUCUUGUGUGAAGAAAACAAAAACCCGCCACAGGCGUUUUGACCGAACACCCAGCACUUUGUAAACUUGUAGAAUUUAAAACAGAAAAGAGGUAUUUUUAUGUUUUCGUACAAAAUAAUACGAAUUUUAAAAAAUUUACAAAGCAGUUUUACGUCAAGGUCGGAGCAGCCACCUUUUCAGUCCGGAUAAUAUCCAUUAAUACUCGCGCUGGUCAAAUUGUGUUUAACAGCCUAGUACGAUACUAAAAAAUUUUUUCCUAAUCUGCGAAGUUACGAUUCAAACAAAAUCUUCACUUCUAACUCUGAAGGUUUGAAGGUUUCUCUUCGAACGCGGUUGUGUUUUCCCUCCAGUUACAAACGAACACCCCUCCUGCCAAAAAAAGGGUUUUCCCCAUUUUCUGUACACUGUAAAAGCAUUUCAAUCAAUCAAAAGGAUGUAAUUUUGCUGAAAAUGUAGGGUGUUGCUAUGUCUAGGAAAAUGAAGGAGAGUUUAAGAUGAAGUCAAGCUGAAAGUGCCAACGAAAAACCCAAUUGCAUUUUAUUUUUUUAAAAGGGGCAGCUACUGAAUCACUCACAAAUAUUCCUUAGGACGUACGAGGCUAUUUCCAGGGCU